GAUGCUCUCGAUCUCGUGGACGAUGGAAGACGACAACUUCGGAAGGACCUGCGGGGGACGGGGAUGCCGUUGGGGAUUGCAUUUUGGACCCUUGUCUUCAUACUCUCUGAUCUUUCAAUUUACAAGAAGAUAAUGGAAGACCUGGCUUCUGUUUUUGGCAAAGCAGGUAAAGAUAAAAUAGAAGUUUCUGAAGAGGACCUUAAGAAGCUCCCAUUUAAUAAAUGGUGCAUGUUGGAAGCCAUACAGCUGAGGUCUCCAGGUGCAAUCACCAAGAAAGUAGUAAACCCAAUAAAAAUUCAGAAUUUUAUCAUCCCUGCAGGUGACAUGCUGAUGUUGUCACCAUAUUGGUUGCACAGGAAUCCAAAAUAUUUUCCUGACCCAGAAAUGUUCAAGCCUGAUCGCUGGAAAGAGGCAAAUUUAGAGAAGAAUGCUUUCUUGGACAGCUUUGUGGCAUUCGGAGGAGGGAAGCAUCAGUGUCCAGGAAGGUGGUUUGCUAUCAUGGAAAUCCAGUUGUUUGUUGUGCUGUUCCUAUACAAAUAUGAAUUUGUGCUUUUGGAUGCGGUUCCAAAGGAGAGCCCUUUACAUUUGGUGGGGACGCAGCAACCCAUGGCACCAUUCCGGGUCCAGUAUAAAUGCCGGGAAUUAAAGCUGCCCAGCGCUAACUUACCUUCCUUUGCCAGCCAUCUCUGGAUGGAUGGACCACUGAGCUUCCCUAUCCUACAUCUUCAGAUAGGUUCUCUGCCUUGA